CGGGCACAUUAUACGGCUAUGGUGGAAUCAGUCACUGGCGAGUUGUGGGUGGUGACUAGUCGACGACCCAUCCACAUCCGUCCCUCGAUCCCCGUCCCUCGAUCCCCGUUUCUGUCGAUCUCUGGUUAGAUCUUUUCGACCGAAUGAACGUCGCGUCGUCCUUAGUCCCAUCGCGAUCGUAGCAAUCGAUAUCGUCGUCGGUGCUAUUCGUCGUAACUUUUAAGAUGCCUCGUGCCAAGUUUAAACGACGCGCGUCUCGCGCCCUCGUCUGAAUAGAUCAUCCAACAUUUACGCGGUUCCUACCAAAUUUCUUUUCCUUUUUCCUUCCUCCCUUCCUAUCUCCCUCCCUAACUCCCUUCCUCCCUAACUCCUUAACUUCUUUUUAUUUUUUCCCGCUUUUCUCGCGAGUUUGUUCUAAGUGGUUUGUAGAAGAAAGUGGUGAAAGGAUAUAAACACUGGUAUCUGUUGCAAUUUGUUUUUAUUAUUCAAUCAUUGCAUAGUUCAAAAUCAAAUGAUGGAUAUUCAAUUUCGAAAGCGAUGAAAUAUUAACUGUUUCAACAUCAAGAUCGAAAUUUUCAACAACUCUCAACGAAGAUAUUUUUGAAAUGAACGGAACGGAAGAUAAUACGAUAGAAGUAAAAGUACCUGAUCGUUACUUUCUUGCGAUUCUUUGAUUUUGAAGAUUCUGGAAAGAAAAAUCUAUCGCCGACGGCAAUGUUUCGAUGAUCAAUCUAACUAUAAUUUAAAAAAGGAUUUAACUGUGAAGGAAGAGAGAAAGGAGAUUUGAUAUUACAACUUCCUGCGGAGCACCCUUCGGCCGUCGCGUAGAUAUCCCGAUCACACGCACGCGCGUGUCUUCUCGAGCGUGUAACAGGUGUCCAGUGUGCCAAACAGCAAACCUAUGUAGGAUAUAUAUAUAUAUAUAUAUAUAACUUGAUGAAAUCUGUAUUGAUUUAAGCGAACAACCGAUAGAAUCAGUUACGAAAAAGGAAGAACAUGUCUCCUUGUAUACGAAGAGAGAUUAUUCAAAUAAGAUGAGCGAAUGAAAGAAUUGAUGAGGAUCGUUGGAGGAGGAUAGUUGAAUUGUUGAAAAAAUCGUGGAAGAAAAGGCCGUCAAAAUAGAAUAUCCCGGUGGCAGUGGUAUGUACGGGGGUGGUACGGGAGGUACAGGGUAUGGGGUCGGUUUGGGCCCGGGACCCGGGCCCCACUACGCUCCCUCGAGUUCCGGCGUGAGUUACCAAUUGGGCCCUCCACCUCCACCUCCGCCAGCCGGUUGCCCCACCGGCGGAAGUCAGCUUCUGUCUUACGGGCCCAACCUAUCGCCACAUCACAUACAGCAGACGCACUCGGAUUCUCAGCAGUCGUCGAAAACACGAAGGUCGGACGAGGAUGAUACCAGUGGAUGUAAAUAUAGAAGACUAGAAGAUGACAAUGUGCAGGAUAAGGAGAGGUUUGCGAGUAGGGAGAAUCAUUGCGAAAUAGAAAGGCGGCGGCGGAACAAGAUGACCGCCUACAUCACCGAACUCUCGGACAUGGUACCAACCUGUUCGGCCCUUGCGAGGAAACCGGACAAACUUACGAUACUGAGGAUGGCAGUGGCACACAUGAAAGCUCUACGAGGGACCGGAAACACAGCGACCGACAACGCGUAUAAACCAUCCUUCUUAACGGACCAAGAGCUGAAACAUCUGAUCCUAGAAGCCGCCGAUGGAUUCCUUUUCGUAGUGAGUUGUGACAGCGGUAGGAUCAUCUACGUUUCCGAUUCGGUCGCGCCUGUUUUGAAUUAUACCCAGAGUGAUUGGUACGGCUCGAGUCUUUAUUCCCAAAUACAUCCGGAUGAUACCGAAAAAGUACGGGAACAAUUGAGCGCAGCUGAACCUCAGCAAGGGGGAAGAGUAUUAGAUCUUAAGACCGGGACGGUCAAGAGGGAAGGUCAAGCGUCCAUGAGAUUGUGCAUGGGCUCGAGAAGAGGGUUCAUCUGUCGGAUGAAAGUAGGGAAUCUACAAACGACGGGUGACAUGGCGGCCGCUCACGGUCUUCACCGCAUAAAGCAAAGAAAUUCUUUAGGUCCGCCCGCGAGAGAUGGACAAAGUUACGCAGUGGUUCAUUGUACAGGAUACAUCAAAAAUUGGCCACCUACCGGUGAUUUUGUUACCCCAUGUGUACCAGGUGUGGGCCUAGGUGAUAGGGGGCCUGGAGGAGUUCAAACUGGACCCGACGGUGUAGUUACUGAUGAAAGUUCAUCUACGCAUUGCUGCCUUGUCGCCAUUGGCCGAUUACAGGUCACUAGCACACCAAAUACUAAUGAUUUAGCGGGUUCCAAUAGCAAUAGUGAAUUUAUUUCACGUCACUCUUCGGAAGGUACGUUUACCUUCGUGGACCAAAGAGUCGGUGGAAUAUUGGGGUAUACACCCUCGGAACUUUUAGGGCAUAAAUGCUACCAAUUCUUUCAUCCGGAGGACGAAACCCAUAUGCGUGAAAGCUUCGAACAAGUUUUGAAGCUGAAAGGGCAAGUGGUUUCUGUGAUGUAUAGAUUUCGAGCUAAGAAUCGUGAUUGGGUAUGGUUGAGGACAUCGGCUUUUGCCUUUUUAAAUCCGUUUAGCGACGACGUUGAGUACAUCGUUUGCACAAACUCCCAUGCGAAGUCAUUCCAUUCCGGUAGUGAUGGGCAAACGGAAAGUGAAGCUGUACCCACUUAUGAUUACUCUCUUCAGAGACAUCCCACCAGGGAUCCCAUAUAUCCAGCCCAUCAUAUGAUGCAACAUCCAGCGGCUGUCGCCGCAGCUGGUCCACAGCAACCUAGGCCGUCCAGUACACAAAAUGUUUAUCAAGGGUACGAGACUACGCAGUCACCUAUAGCUUACGGUUCACCUGGUCAACAAAGUACAACUUCUUCUGUAUUAAGCAGAAUUCCAAAACCUGCAAAUACAUCUCCGACUCCUGUACAACAGGCAUGGGCAAUUGGUCGUCAGCAACCUGUAACAGAAGGAUAUCAAUACAGUCAAUUAAGUCCGUCUAGGUCACCAAGUGGACCGACCUAUACGCAAUUGAGUAGCGGUGCGAGAACACCAGCUACGCAAUAUCACGCAGUCACGACAGUGCCUAAUAAUCCGGGUAUGUGGGGAUGGCAAGGACAGCAACACCAAACGCCACAACAAGAUGCUGCACAAUCAAAUCCACAAGUUACUGGCCAAUCACAACCUCCUCAUCCUACGCAGGCUGGUGGUCCUGGCACGCAACCUCAAGAGCUUUCAGAUAUGUUACAAAUGUUACAAGAUCAAGGUGGCGCUUCCGGAUUCGAAGAGUUAAAUAUGUUUACUACCACCUUUGAGUAGCGACCAACGACAAAAAUUGCCGACACUCUUACAUCGUAACAAACUUCAAGUUUUAAUCAUUUUUGGAUUAUUCUAAGCAUCUUAAUCCACAUUCUCUUAUUUGAUUAUUUCAACUUGUGCAGAGUUUAUGAUUAGCACCUUCUCUAUAUGCUAUAUAAACAUUAUGUUAUCAUCAGAUUGGGUUAGCGUAAUGAUUAGGUCCUAAUCGAUUAUUUCUUUCCGCAUUGCAUUUCAGAUAUUACGUUCUUCCAAGGACUAUUUUAAAUUAUGCUCUCAAAAUUGUGUGAAUUUUACAAUGCAUUCUUAUUAAGAUCAGUGGGUAUUACUUACAUUAGCUAAAGUGCCAUUAGAGAAUGCUUGCUCCUAUUAUGUGUUUUUAACAGAUAUUUUAGCAAGUAAUUUAAAACAACAAAAAA